GCACGGCACGCGAGUAUACGCGACGAAAAGCUUCGCUUUACAGUUCGUCCGUGUGAAUAUUUUGCGUUGAAAUUCUGUGGAAAAACAGACGAAAAAAAUGUCGAACGUUGAAGCUAUGGAUGAGGACAGUGAUCCUGUAGUGAAAGAAAUACCUGUAUUUUUGUCAAAAAAGCUUGACAACAAGUUGUUUAUUUUUCAAUAUCCACUGAAACCAGCAGGAGAUGGUUACGAUAAUUCAACUUUUAUUAAGACUGCCAUAAAACCUGAGAAUCAAGAGGUCACAAUAGAAGUAGCAAUCGAUACUAGUGAUUCUCAUUAUAAUACGGGUAGAGGUAAAACUAUUGCAACUCAGGCUGAAGCUCAUUCAAGAAAAAAUCAGGAUGAAAAUGAAAGGGUGUUUGAUAGUGAAAUGAUGGAUAAAGUAAUAUUACACUCAUCAAGAGCAUUACCAAACUGUGAUAAUUAUGGGAUUGGUAUUUAUCAAGAUGAGGAGUUUUAUAUUACUCCUUUAAAGGGAAUUUUACAGCUGCGUCCUGAUUUUACUUACCUUGACAAAGGUGACAAGCGAGGAAAAGAUGAUGGAAAAAAUAUAGGAGAUGAAGUUGAUGAGGAAAAUGAGCCAGCCAGGCAAAUUAAUGUAACAUUUGCUAGACAAGUUCCAGAGUUUAUUAAGAAAAUGAAAGAACAAUCUUUCCUAACUCGAGCUAAGAAAAGUUUAGAAGAACCAUGGAUUAAUUGCCGAUAUAGACGUGCUAAUAGUUCACACGCUGAUAUAAAUCGUAUGGAAAUGCUUUGUUCUAACAAUGAUAACGAGUCAGUUAAUCAUUUAAAUUUGUCAUCAAAGCAGUACCUAGACACGCUAGCUCCUCCAAUCAAAGAAGAGCAAUUCUCUAAAGCUAAUAUUCCUAGUCACACCACUACACUUAGCUAUAUUCGUACCCUACCUUUAUUAGAUCAAGUUCGGAUACUCAUGAAAGAUGCCAAGGUAAUGUCAUUUCCACAAUUGAGGACGAUUCUGGCUUCCGAGCAUGAAACGGUUGUCAUUCUUAAGUAUCUACAGCAAGUUGCAGUAUUAGUUCAAGGAAAUUGGGUUGUAAAUAGCGAACUUAUUUAUCCUAAGGAUACCAUGUCUGCGCAUAGCGGGAUUCCUGCCGAGCUUAUGUGCAGAGCACGAGAUUAUGUACUUUUAUCUUUUACCGAACAUGAUUACGUCGAUAGAAGAGCAGUUUCGUCGGUAGUCAAAUUACCUGCAGAAGAAAUUCGUGAAAUUUUCACAAACAUCGCGAAGCAUCAACCAAAGAAGGGCUGGAAAUUGAUUGUUCCUCCGAACAAAGAAUUUUGUAAAAGUUACCCAGAGAUAACCCAACGUCAAGAUUUGUUUUGGGAAGCAAAACGCAAGCAUCUUCGCGAAGCAAUGGAAGCGAUGAAUCAAGCACCCCAGCGUCAAAGACGUAAAUCGAAUCGCGAGUCGAUAGGUUCUGAAAACGAAGAACGAAAUAUUGGUCGAGGGAAUCGCAAGUCAUUGAGAGAUUCAUCGAUGUCUGACAAUGACAGUGCCACCGAGAAUGUAAAACAUAAGAAAUCUAAUCGCGGCAGAAAGACUUCGGAAACUGGAACUUCGUGACCCAAGGAGAAACGAAAGUAAGCGGUUGAUUGAAAGUUAUAGAUAAAUGUUUUUUUUAUUCAGUCGCGCAAUUUGAUUGAAACAAUGUUGGAAUUAUUUUUUUGUAAUCAUACAUCACACUUGAAACACAUCACAGAAACACAAACAUGUGAGCAUAUUUAUUGAAAAAAGCGUCAUAUUUUAUUAAUUCAGUAUGGAGUAUGUAAAGAAUGAGCAUUUAUAUAGAUAUAACAAUAAUCCAAUAAUUCUACUGCCGAUUUUUCUAGUUACGUACGUGUAAUUUUAUCAAUGUAUCAUAGUUUUUGUUGAUGAUACGCGACUAUAUUUGAUCGUUAACGAUGAUACCUAGCGAAUAAUUAAAUCUACGCACAAAAAAAUUAUGUAUCGUUGGACAAGCACAGCGUCAUUUAUUCAAUACGUUCUGUAAAAGUGUUUUUUUAAGCCUGAAAAUAUAGCGAUAUAAUAUUUUUCCAUUGUAAAAUACUCCUGUAAAUCUGUAAAUAAUUUGUAACUUUUGUAAAUAUCAUCAUACUUCAAUAAUUAUGGUGUAAAAUAUCUAAUCGUUGAUGAAAUUUUAUUUAUCCAGUAUUUGUGUAUUCACGAUUCAUACAUUUGUAAAAUUUGAAGCUCAUUUGUUAGUUUUUUUACCGAUAACACUUUAGAAGUAGAGAAUUCCAAUUGAUUAAAAACUGAAUCUAAUAAAAAUAUAAUUGUUAAUUCAAGAU